AUGUCACGGACACUUUCGGCCCAGCUCGCUACAAGAAACGAGGCCUUAAUUUGGUUUGAGACUAUUUUGUUCACUUUUAUCAACAUUGUGGCCUUUUUGGGAAAUUUGCUUACUUUUUACGCCGUGUACAGAAACCACAGGCUCCGCACGCUUCCCAACAUGUUCAUAACAGCUCUGACUGUUAGCGAUAUCCUGAUGGCAACUUGCUGUAUGCCUUUCACAGUUGCAACUCUGUUCCACGGCCGGUGGAUGUUUGGUGAAACGUUUUGUAGAGUUCACGGUUUUGAAGUUUUCACAUUCGGAACAGCCUCUUUGGUUACAAUGGGAGUUAUUGCAGUCAGUCGAUAUUUCUGCGUUGUGAAAUUUGAGCGUUAUGCAGUAUUAUUCACGAAGAAAAGAGCUUUGAUAUACAUAACUGCGGCAUGGUGCGUCUCUCUCAUUCCAUCUCUGCCUCCGUUAUUUUUUAAGAGAGACGGCUUUGAAUUUCAGCCAGGGAAAGCCAUGUGUUUGUACACAUUUAAAAAUAUCGCUUAUGUAUCUGUCAACGAGUUUUUUUACAUUGCAACGACCAUGACAGUCAUAACCAUCUGCUAUGUCAAAGUGUUUCGAGAGGUUUCAAGAUUAAAUCGUGUUUUUUCGCACCGAAAUGACCUGCAUCAGCUCAGAGUUAACGUGGAAGAGGCAAAAGUAACGAAAACUUUGUUAGCAGUUCUCGUUGGCUUUGCAUGUUGUUGGCUUCCGAUUGGUGUUAUGGAUAACAUCGAUGCUGUGCGCGGCGAGCAUACUUUGCCACGAAGAGCUUACAUAACUUACGCCUUCUUGUUAUAUUUAAGUAGCGCCAUAAACCCUUUCAUUUAUGCAGCCAUGAGUAAGCAGUUUAGACGAGAGUACAAGGAUAUUUUGAUAAUGGCUCCGACGGAAUCACUUUCUUUUGCUCUUGCUACGAGGACCGAAGCUACAGUUUGGGCUGAAACAACUGUGUUUGCUUUUAUGAACGUUUUGGCUUUCUUUGGCAAUCUUCUCACAUGUUACGCCGUGUACAGAAACCACAGACUCCGUACGCUUCCCAACAUGUUCGUAAUUGCAUUGGCUGUCAGCGACAUUCUAUUGUCUACCUGUUGUUCGCCUUUCACAGUUGUAACUCUAUUUCGUGGCCAGUGGGUGCUUGGCGAAACUUUUUGUGAGUUUUUUGCCUUCGGAGUGUUCAUUUUUGGAAUGGCUUCUCUUAAUACCAUGGGAAUUAUUGCAAUCAGCCGAUAUUUCCGCAUUGUUAAAUCAAACAAGUAUAUUGUCCUUUUUAAAAAGAACCGUACUCUGAUGUACAUCGCCACUGUAUGGUUCAUAGCCUUGUUGGGAUCUGUGCCUCCAUUGUUCUUCGAUAAAGAAUCAGGAUUUGAAUUCCAGCCUGGAAAAGCGAUGUGUGCGUAUUCAUUUGAGAGCAAUAUUCCUUUCACGUCCUUCACUGAAUUGUACAUUGGAACCCCUUUCAUAAUCAUUUCAGUCUGUUACGUCAAAGUAUUCUGUGCAGUAUCACGCGCAAAUCGCGUCUUCUCGCACCAGAAUAAUUUCCAGCAAAUCCGAGCGAAUGUGGAAGAGGCCAAAGUUACCAAUACGUUGGCAGCAGUCAUGGUUGGAUUUUCAUGUUGUUGGCUACCUGUAUGUGUAAUUGAUAUUACUGACGCCGCGCACGGGAAAAAAAUUCUUCCGCGACAAAUAUACCUCACUUACACUUCGUUAAUCUUCUUGAGCAGUACUAUCAACCCUUUCAUAUAUGGCGUCACGAAUAGGCGAUUCCGACGAGAGUACACAGCUAUCUUAAGUAAGAUUAUAACGCCUUUCCGAAACGGAGACAACUGA